GCUCCAGAGCAGGAGAGCUCUAAUGGAUCGUGUCUGGAAGCAGGACUAUCUCUGAUCAAAUUUCGGGUAUCCUAAGGGCGCACUUAACUAAUGGGAUCCUAUCGAUGCCCUCCCCUCCUCCUGUGAGCCAGGUCUUUACACGGAGGAAUGUUAAUGUUGCCACAGCCUGUCCGCGUUGUCUUUGGCUGCUCUGAGUCUGCUGGCUCCGUUGAUGUGAUCGCUCUGUAAUGUCACGGAUUUUAUUAGGAGGCAUACCGCAGUAGAGCAACUCCACAGCGGCUGAUGGGACUGGGGAAGUUAGCGCUCCUCGGCUCAUGUGUGAGGAGAAGUGCGUGUCCCAUGUUGCAUUAGUGUCUGUGUGAAAUGCUGGCCUGUCUGCCAGGGCCAGGUGACCUCCCCCUCCAGCUUCUCCCCCACACGCAGAUGAACACUGGACUGCAGAAAUGGGAUACCAUACAAAGGAUGAGAUCCGCUCCGUUUCCAACCCCUGCAGAAUUGGAUGCAUAUGCUAAGAAGGUUGCCAACAACCCCCUUACCAUCAAGAUCUUUCCUAACAGUGUCAAAGUCCCCCAGCGUAACCACGUGCGCCGUACGGUCAACGGGCUGGAUACGUCAGGCCAGCGCUACAGCCCUUACCCCCCCUCUCAGGCCAGUGCCAAGACGGGACUCCUUGCUAUCGUCAAGGUGCCCACAGUCAAAGGUAUCCUGAAAGAUUUUGAUGGUAGCCGGGCUCGCUUGCACUCUGAAGUCAGUAUGAACCCUCCCACUGGACCCUAUCAAGUGGCUUCAACCAGCACUUUAAACCACCACCCACCUCUGCCCAACCUGCCCCAGCACAGCUUAAUCCACCAACAGCAGGACCUGCCUCAGACUUUACAUCUACCCCUUUCUCAGCAGCAGGCUCACACUCAGAGUCUUAGACACCCUCCCCCUUUGGCCCUACACCCUCAGGGGCCGACCAGACUCCAGACUUUGUCUCAACACCCAGCCCUUGGCCACUCGCAGGGGCCCCCUGCAGUCAUGCUUCAGCAACAGCCACCACCUGGCCUGCAGGGGAGCAGAAAGCUGCCAGAUGGCGACGCGCCACCUAACGUUACCGUCUCUACCUCAACCAUUCCACUCUCGAUGGCUGCCGGGCUGCACCAGGCCCGUCAGGCUGACCUGAGCACCAUUGUGCAUCAGCUCAACCAGUUUUGCCAAGCGCGCGGCCAGGGCCCAGGAGCUAGCUCCAUGUGUGAAGGCCAGAUCGCCAACCCCAGUCCCAUCAGUCGCAACCUGCUUAUUAGUGCAUGCUCCAGGGUUUCCAUGCACAGUAACCAUGCUACUCCUGGCUUUCCUCCACCCAACUGCAUUAUUGGCCCUCAAGAAAAAGCCACAGCUCCAAUGGGAGCCCACCCCCCACCCAGUGUGGCUGGUAUGAACCACUUGCCUUCCAACCAUGCUGAUCCAAAACAUCAGCAGCAUCUGCAGCACCAUAUUCACCCCCAACAGAAUCAGCUCCAACAUACCACCCAGCAGCAGCAGAAGAUGCGCUCCUGGAAUCCACAUCAGUUGGCUCAUGUGCCCCACAUUCAUAACGGCAUGACGCACCUCUGCAAACAGCCUUCUAGGGAGCCUUCCUUCCAUUUUAAAGGCAUGGGGUUCCCCGCAGAAGUUUUGGGUGGUCAUCCGUACUCGCUGAAGCCUCCAGUGGACAGGCCUACACCUUCCCCACCUGUCAACAACAACAGUAUGCCUGGUCCCAUGGCCCACUACACUAACGGUCACUACUUCCAGUCCCACAUUUGGAGCAGCAGCAUACUUCCCACACCCAACAGUGACAGCUCGGGGUCUCAGGACGUAGCCAUGCCAUUCCACAAUGCAGGCCCAGGAGGGUGUACCACGCUGGACUGUGGGCCCCUUGGGGCUCCCCAUUAUAGGCUCGCACCGAGCUCCACCACGUCCUCCUCUGGCCAGACUAAUCUGAUGCAAACGGCAGAUUACUUGGGUGGGGACUUCCAGACGCCCUACUUCCGCGAUCAGAAUCUCGGGUUGAUAGGCAAGAUGCACAGGCCCCCUCUGAGCAUGGUAGGUCCAGAGGUCGGAGAUGGCAGAACCGCUCUCAUCCAGCACCCAGGGUACAGAUAAGCUAUGGCCUUGUCUCCACAACCAUUAUCAAGUCCUUUUGUUUAGUCUUAAGAAAGGAAAUAGAAGAAAACUCAUCAGAUAACCUAAAGGACAACAAGUAUUAAAGAGGGUAAAAUAAUAUAUUUAAUGCAGAACAGUAGUUUCUUGUUUUUGUUUGUUUCAUCUUGCAAGUGAUCAAUUGCUUGAUUUUUAUUUUGCUUUUACCUGAAACUACAGGUAACUUUGUUUAUUUCUGAAAGUGUGUAUGUGUGUACACAUCUGUACUCCUCUGUGCUUCUUCCUCCAUCAUACAUUGAAUUUCUGUGCCUGGAUUUGAGCAGAUUCUGUGUUAUCUCUACAGCAGAUCCAUAACCUGGCUUUUCUUAUGCAUGUAAGAAAGAAGUAAAAAUGAUCACUCUCAGAAAAAAAGUGACAACUGAUAUUUGAUUUGGUUUUUUUUUUGGUUUUUUUGAAGUUUUACUGCACAAUAUCAGGAAUUUUUGGCUGUGACUGGUUUAGACUUCACUUUGGUGGUGAUGCUAAAAUUAAGUACAAUCACUUCCAUGCAGAAAAGAAAAUAAAGAGAUGGAUGAAAAAUGGGCUUUAAUAAUUAGCAGUAUACAUGUUCAGCAGAGGGCUUUGUUCUGUUUAUUUAUUUCUAUAACAGGACUCUUACAGAUGGUUUCCUUUCAGUAAAAGAAGCAUGUCAUCAGGUUGUUUGUACAUUAUAAAGAUAAAGCAGGAGCAAAUAUGACAAAAAAAAGCCAAUGCUCUGUUCUGCUUAUAAUGCUGCAGUGAAUUCAGGUAUUUAAAAAAUUAAGCCUUGUGGCUAGAGCCACAUUUGGCAACAGCAUUUAGAGAUAAGGGCAGAAAGUAAUGAAAACAGUUUCCCUGCUCUACCUUAAAAUGGCCAAAGUCAGGUUGAUGAAGACACACCAGUAUGAAAUUGUGCCAUCGCAUCUUUACAUAUAUAUAUAUAUAUAUAUAUAUUUUUUUUUUUGUAACAAAAUGUAUUACUUGAAUGUUGCGGUUCUUCAUUUUGCAGGUAUCGAAAGGGAUCUGUCGGCUUUGUGGACACUGAAAGAGUUGUUUUAAUGUGACGCAGAAUCUAAAGCCAAGGCGGAGCUUCUAACCCUGACAGGGUUGAAAACUGAGUCACGUGUGAGUUGCUACUGAUUCUUAUGUGAAGUCUGCUCCAAUAGACCAAAUUGAUCACUUGCAAGAUCGUUCGGAGGGUAAACGAAACGGUGGUUUCGUUUCAACGUGAAAAACAGCAAAUGCAUUGUUUAUUUUCUUGUACACUGGCUUACCUACUAGACUACUGUAACUUUUAAUGAUUGUGUGUGAAUGUUGCCAGCUGAUGCAGGCGCAGUUAAAAGUGAGUGUUGGGGUGUGUGUCUGUGUGUGUGUGUGUGUGUGUUUCUAAUAACACAAUGACACCUAUGUUUUGUUCACUGAACUCCCUAACAGCCCUUAAAAAGCCUUAAGUGUUUGGUCCUUGGACUUUCCUUUGACAAUGAGCAUGGUUUUAAAUAAAAAAAAACCCAAAUAAAGAGAGGAGGUAAAUGACAUACAGAAACAGCAAUUUUUUAUUUUUGUUUUCUUUUUUUGCCUUUUCGUUUGAAUAAAGUUUUCCUCAUUGAGAGCAAUUCCUUAGAGAUUCCUUAUGGUUGGAAAGCAAGAAAAAUUAGGAAUAUUUUGUAAUUAUAUAUUUUUAGCAAUGUGUAGUUACUGAGCUGUAACUUUUUUCCAGUUUCAAAGCUUCAGUUUGCAUUUGUGACUAUUUAUGAUAUUUGAUUUGCUUGUUAUUUAAAUUUAUUUUCCUCUUUGUUUCUUGUACUAUUGCUGUGAGAUAGAAGAAGGUCCACAAGCCUUUCUUUUGUCAUUCUGUACGACAGAUAAGGGGCAAGAGCGUGAGAGUUGUGCUACUCUUUUUGUAAUAUUGUAAUAAUAAAAUAAAGUUCUAAUUUAUGCUUUGAAA